AUGACUGGCAAAGUCUUGAUAUUCACUGGGGCCCCAGAGAACAGCACUCUUGAUUGGGAAAACGGUGGUUUACUCUCCCAUUUCCAAGACUCCAUCGCGCGAUUUGCUGGGAUCGGUACCAACGAUCAUCAACCUGAGCCAGCUCUCUCACUACCGGACCAUGCCCUAUGGCGGUUGUUGCCUAUCGACAAAACGAAAGAAUCCCGACCUUGCUCGCCGAAACGAGUCGCCGAUGCCCGUCAGUACGGGUACAAUGAUUACCCUCCGGAUACGGCUCCCGAAUUCUUCACCACGGCCUCGUUCUCUUUCGCUUCAGAUAAUGGAGAUGGUGGAGGCGAUACUGGCCCUUCCUUAUCUCAGUUUUACGAGCAGUCUAUCGUUGCCCACGAAGAUGUAACCUCCUCUCACUUAGUUUUCCAAUCAACUGAGCAAACAACAUCGUUCACAAGCGACGCCACCACAUCCUUUGUGAGCGGCUGUGGCAGCCAGUCCGGCCCCAUCAAGGCCCCGAUCGUGUUCCGAGGCAGCGAUAACCUCUGUAAUCUCAAGAACAUUCCUUCCCCAAACCACAUUGCCGGGAUACAGCCGCAGACUAUGACUAUCAAUAUCAUUGUCGGUCUCAUAUCUAUCCCCCUGCCGCGAGCCGUCAAAACCCGCUGGGGAACUAGGUACUUGGUCGAGAUUCUGGUCGGGGACGAGACCAAGGCCGGCUUCUCUAUUACUUACUGGCUACCCUCCGACAACCUGGACGAAAGCCCGCUAGCCGGCCUACGACCCCGGGAUAUUGUCCUUUUCCAAAACGUUGGGCUCAAUGUUUUCGCAAAGAAGGUCUACGGACAUAGUCUUCGUAAAGGUCUUACCAGGAUGUACUUGCUCUACCGGACGAAACUUGACUCUCGGGAUGUGGGCGGGCACUAUAGCACCUCCGACCUUUCCACCAGCGGGGUCCACCAACAACUCGACAAAACUCGUCUUGUCCGGGAUUGGAUACUCAACUUUGUGGGCCGAGGGGCCACGAGCGGCAGUAACAAACCGGACACGGGGCCUCGUUGGAAUCGGCCACCAGCCGAUGACACACAAUUGACCUAA